AUGUAUCCUGUGGGUAACGAGGCUCUGGAUGCGAACGUCUUAGGACCUCUGAACUUCAGUCGCGCACCGCGUAGCUCAAGUUCCCACACUUCUAUACCUUCGAUCGACGUUACGUCGUUCACCACGGAUCAAUUCCAGCAACCAUGGCUUCCCUCGCCCCCGCCCACACAGCCCUUGGCUUCCAGUUCGAACAACAACAGCAACAACAACAACAGUGCACUAGAGGACUUUGUGCUCUAUCCAGCCCCGCAGCCCCGUCCGCAGCCUCGAUUCAGAGACUCGCGUUCGCUAGCCCCGAACACUGCCCUUAGGCCUUCUGCCCUCCAGCCCUUUCUGGCGCAGAAUAACCCUCGACGACACUCUUUCAGUUUGCAGUUGCAACGCCAUCUCCAGCAGCAGUUCCCUGGUUCUCCUGUUCAGGACCCCAGAGUGACCCAGCUUGCCCGGUCUCCUUCCUACUGGUCUCACCCCACCGUGAAGCACUCGCAGCCUUAUUCGGCAACCGUGCCCACCAACUCCCCUCAACGUCCUCCCAUCCCGCCGUUUCACGCCGGUAAUAUUCCACUCGAAAAAAGAAAACAGUACAUGCAAUAUCGUCGCAACAUGUCUACUCCCAACUUCCAAGAACACGAUACCGAGCUCUUCGGUCUUCCAUCUGCCGGUGGCAUGGGACCAUUCACCUUUGACGAGCUCCUGGGUCAGGAGACCGGUGCGCUCUCUCCCGAGGCGCCUACCGGAACCAUCUCCCCCCAGGACCUCAUCCAAAACCCCUCUCCCCUCUUCACCGACGUGGAGUUCAUGGGCAGUGACGAUUGGACUCCUCUUUUCCAUGACGGAGCUAUCGGAAAUUCGGCCGCAUCUGGUCUCUUCAAUGCGUCCGAUUUCGCCUCCGCCAUGGCUGAGCCCAAGAAGCAAAUGCAGCCCUCCAUCGAGAUGUCGCCUGCUCCCCAGCCCCUUUCCUCUGGUGUCAAGUCUUCCCCUAUGUCUGCGACUGGCACAACCAGACACUCCAGUGUUGCUGGCAUCUCCCGUCAGCGCAAGGAUCUGUCUCCGAUUGAGUUUGACCCCAAUGACCCGAUCGCUACCAAGCGUGCUCGCAACACUGAGGCUGCCCGCAAGUCUCGUGCGAAGAAGCUGGCCCGUCAGGCCAGUGCUGAAACUCGCAUCCAGGCUUUGGAGGAUCAGUUGUCUGAGCGUGACGAGAUGAUUGCCAAUCUGCAAGCGCAACUCGCCAUUCUCAAGGCCAACCAGUGA